UAGGGUUGCCAACUGGCCGGGACUGGCCGGGAUAUCCCGGAAUCAAGCACAUAUGUCCAGGCGAAAAACAAAAUAGCCCGGGACACGGGAUAAUCCCGGAAUUAAAAUAAUUUUGAUUGAUUUUUAACAAUUUUUAACAACGAACAUUAGGCAUAAUUCAUUUUUCGUUUUAAUUGACGACUGUCAACUUGUUGAUGUAGAUGGAGAAUGUACAGAGUUGGCAACGUUGCACUUAUUAGAAUUUCUGUCGGUUGGCAGGCGUGUUGGUCAUAAUCCCUGUUCCACAUAGAAAUAGCAGUGUCAUUUCUAUGAUGUUCCAAGUGUUUGCUGAGGUGAAGAAAAGUGUGGUUAGGUAAAUUAUUUCAACAGCCGGCGCCGGAUCCGCAGACUAGUUUUUAAUGCAAGUUAAUAUGAUAAAAAAAGGUUAAAUUAUUAAGCAAACUAAAAUGUCCGACCACGAAGAUGAUAAAACCAGAACUCCUCCGAAAAAAAUAAAAAGGUAUUGCUCAUUUGACAAGAGGUGGAUGGGGCAAUUUUCUUGGUUAACCGAGGUUGAUGUGUCUAGAGGAAAAUGCAAAUAUUGUAGAAGUGUAAUCACAAUAAAAUAUGAAGUCGUUCGAGCUCUUGAGAACCACGCAAAAUCGGCAAAUCAUCAAAAGUGCAUACGUGCAGCGGCGUCGAGUAGUUCAGCAGCCAAUUUUUUUAUACAAAGACAUACGGAUGAAGAGCUAUUGGUUUCCGCUACAGAGUUGACGCAGGUAUAUCAUGGAGUUGUUCAUCAUUUCUCAUACCUGGCCCAGGAUUGCACUUCCAAAUUAAACAUUGUCCUUUAUAGUGAUUCAAAAAUCGCAGCUAAAGUGAGGUGUGGUCGUACAAAGGCUACUAGUAUAGCUGAAAAUGUUUUGGCGCCAAAAUCACAAGAAAUGCUUUUAUCAGAUUUAAGAGAAUCAAAAUAUUUUUCUAUAGGAUCAGAUGCUUCCAAUAAAGGAAAUAUUAAGAUGUUUCCUCUAAUAGUGCAAUAUUUUAAAUGGUCCAAAGGGAUUAAACAGGGCGUAUUAGAUUUUUAUAAUGAUCAACAAGAAACAAGCGAGGCUAUAUACAAUAAAAUUAAAGAAAUUUUAUUAAAAAAUGACCUAGAUAUUAAGAAUGUAUCUAGUUAUUCAGCUGAUAAUGCAGCAGUGAAUUAUGGUAAAAAUGUAUCUGUCUUUCAAAAAUUAGCAUCUGAUAAUACAUCUUUAAUCAAAUCUAACUGUCAAUGUCAUGUAAUUCACAAUUCCGUUAAAACAGCAAGCAAAGCAUUUAAAUUUGACGUAGAGGCGUUUGUUAUAAAGGUCUUCAACGAGUUUUCGUCUUUUUCCAAAAGAACAGAAAAACUGAAAUCAUUUUUUGAAUUUGUUGAUAUUGAAUACAAAACACUUUUACGUCAUGUCCCUACCCGUUGGUUAACACUCUAUGAAGCGCUAGAUAGGCUACUAAACAAUUGGCCUGCAGUAAAAUCUUAUUUCGUCAGUGAAGGAGAGGAAAACUGUACACCGUUUUUGUGGAAGGUGUUUAAAGAAAAUGAUGACGACUCAUUUUAUUUAUGUAUUAUGUAUUUCUUUCAAAAUGUCAUGUUUAUGCUUCAGAAGGUUUUGUUGCAAUUAGAAAAUAAUAAGACAACUGCCAUAGAAUUAGAUGGUAUUCUAAAUAUGGUGAAGGAAAACAUAAGUCAGAGAUUAACUGAUAACUUUUAUGGCAGUAUGGCUGCUCAAAUUUUGAAACGACUAAAUGCAAAUAAAAAGAUUGAGUUUGAGAAGUGUGCAUCAAAGUUUUAUAACAAAGUUAUGGAAUACAUCAAUAAGUAUUACGAUUUUAAUGGAAGUAUCUUCAAACAAUUUGAUGCCUUAAACAUCAGAAAAGAAUUUUCUUGGGAAAAGAUUUUAAAUUUAGCACGUAUAUUGAAGGACUGUUUAGGUCUAAAUCUUGAUGAUAUGUACGAAGAUUUUUGUAGCAUAUCUAGAAUUUUAAAUCAAAAUCUGAAUAACAUAAAGAUAGACAUGAAGGAGGAUUCACUUGAUGUUACAUGGACGAAAUGCUUUAAAUUUCUAUCUGAUAACGAAAUUCAAGCCAAAGAAUUGAAAAGGCUGGAUUGGUCGGUUAAAUAUGAACAAGACGGCCCAGUCCAACCAAGAUUCGAAAUAAAUGCCCCCGACUUGUACAUACCUACGAUGGCAUACAUUACUUACGUCCUGAUAGCUGGAAUGGUUUUGGGGAUGCAGGAGAGAUUCUCCCCCGAACAAUUGGGAAUUUUGGCUUCCUCAGCUCUAGCCUGGUGUAUAGUUGAAUUAGUGGUAUAUUCCUGCACUCUAUAUUUAAUUCAUGUCGAGACUUCUUUAAGUACUUUAGAUCUGUUAGCAUACAUCGGGUAUAAAUUUGUUGGUACGAUUAUGAGCAUAGCUGUUUAUUUGGUUGGAGGUAAAACUGGCUAUUACAGUUAUUUAAUUUACGCCAACUUGGCCUUGGCUUUCUUCCUCAUAAGGUCGCUAAAGGCCCAAGUUCUCUCCGAGCCCAAUACACAACAACAAAACAGUUAUUACGGUGAACAACCCGUAGCGGGUAAUAAAAGGAGGUUAUAUUUUUUGCUGUUCGUAGCCGCAACACAACCUAUGUUAUCUUGGUGGUUGUCUUUUCAUUUAUUAAGCGGCCCCACUCCCAAAGUUGCUACACCAGGGUUUGCACCCCCGCAAACAUCUGCUUUUAUCCGCAAACAUCUCAUUUUAUCCGCGAACAUCUGCUUUUAUCCGCGAACAUCUGCUUUUAUCUGCAGAAAUCUCAUUUUAUCCGAGAACAUCUGCUUUUAUCCGAAAACAUCUGCUUUCAUCCGCAAACAUUUGCUUUUAUCCGCAAACAUCUCAUUUUAUCCGCAAACAUCUGCUUUUAUACGGUUUCACCCGCAAACAUGCUUUUAUCUGCAAACAUCUGAUUUUAUCCGCAAACAUCUGCUUUUAUCGGCAAACAUCUGCUUUUAUCCGCAAACAUCUGAUUUUAUACGCAAACAUCUGCUUUUAUCCGAAAACAUCUGCUUUUAUCCGACACAUCUGAUUUUAUCCGCAAACAUCUGA